AAGACCAUCGGGGGAGAAGCAGGUGCUGCAUUGAGUUUUGAGGCCUGUAUGUUAGCUCAUGUUUCUUUGUGUUUUUGGAGCGUUUCUCUCCUACAGGUUCACGCUGUGGCUCUUUAUGUUCAGACAGAGGAAGGAUGCUGCGCGUGAGGCUGGUAUCCGGUGUGAUAGCGACACGACAUCAGCGUAACUAGAUUAUUACCUUUGUUUUUAUUGUCCAGGCCGUGUUGUUAUUUACAGUGAAGCGUCUGUGUGUUGCUUUGUGCGAUGCUGACGCGUAACGCGACGCCCUGGUGUUAUUUUACCGCUUGGAUCAGGUUUAAAUGAUGUCCAGGCAGAUGCAGACACCUCACUGGGGCUGGUAAACAGCAUGGCCAGCACACAUUCCUGGGGGUCUAAAUAUAUCUAUUAGGCCACAGAAGGGGGAGGACUGCUGUACCCCUUUCUAUCCAGGGACUUCACUGACUGGGUUAAGACGCACCAGCUAACGCUCGAAGAUUGCUCACUACAAGUUUUCUCCCGAACGCAAAAUGCCCGCUAAAGCGAGAUCUAAGGCCCGUGAGAGGAACAAUGUCCUGAACAGAGCUGAGUUUAUGUCCCUCAACCAGACCGUGCGCGGAGGGCAGCCGGAGAGGGGAGGCAGCGCGCGGAGACCUCCGUUCAAGCACCAAACCAGCCAGCCCGGUGAGGAGCCUCCCGAGGGCUCGAGUAAGGACAAGAAAGAGCCAGGCAAACUGCCCGAGGAGGACUGUAUGCAGCUCAACCCCUCAUUCAAAGGCAUUGCCUUGAACUCUCUGCUUGCCAUUGAUAUCUGCCUGUCGAAGCGCAUGGGGGUGUGUGCCAACACGUCCUCGUCCUGGGGAGGGUGCAGAUCCAUGGUCAACCUUUUGGCUCUCACUGGUCACGGAAUCACGUGGAUUAUUGGCACUAUCGUGUGUCUGACAAGGAGCAACACGUUAGCCGGACAAGAAGUCCUGGUCAAUCUACUUUUGGCCCUUCUCCUGGACGUGAUGACAGUAGCUGGGGUUCAGAGACUGGUAAAGCGCAAGGGGCCGUGGGAGAUGGCCCCUGGGUUCCUGGACUGUGUUGCCAUGGACAUAUACUCUUUUCCCGCCGCCCACGCCAGCCGGGCCGCCAUGGUGUCUAAGUUUCUUCUGUCUCACCUGGUGCUGGCUGUGCCCCUUCGCAUCCUCCUAGUGCUGUGGGCCUUUCUGGUGGGCCUGUCCCGAGUGCUUCUGGGUAGACACCACCUCACUGACAUGGUGUGUGGGUUUGCAUUAGGCCUGCUCCAUUUUAGCCUGAUGGAAAGUGUGUGGCUGUCGUCAAGCACCUGUCAAACCCUCAUAUCUAUCAGCACACUGAGCUGGAGUCCCUUUUCCUGAGCUCCUACUUUAUAAGUCUUUAAACUCUCUGAUCUUUUGCUGGUUGCUAAAGAUGCCUAUUUUGCAUGUAUACCAUUUGAUUUUACAUACAGCAGCUAUACACUCAAACUAUACAAACUGGCAAAGCAAAGAGCCUCUUAUAAAACCGCUUGCAUUUUGAUUUCAUCAGUUUCUCAUAGAUUGCUUACUCAGUUACAGUUGUGCCUCUUACCCAUUUUCUUUCUUCCUCUUCUAAAACUCUUUUGCACACUAUUGGUAAGUAAACAAACAAACAAACGUGUGGGUAACACUGCACACACAACAGGCAAACAAACAUAUAUUUUAUUUUUUAUAUUUCAUAUUGGCAAACAUUUUUAUUUUCCAGAUGGAACCUGACGCAUAAACAAGUUUGCACCAUCUUUCAAACAAUGACAGUUUUGUGUUAUGCUACAUUUUCCAUAAAAAAUGUUGUUUUACUGAUGCAGAUAUCUAUGCAGGUCCAUCCAUCCAGCAUUUGUAUUGCUUUCCUGAAAAAAACAAAUAUUUGAUACCAAUUUCUUUUAUAGAUAUAAAAUUAAACUUUUGUGUCAGUCUCUACAGUGCUUUAUUUGUGAUUAUAGCUUUGUUCAUCUGUACAGGUUUCUGUAGAUGUUUUUUUCCAUUUAUUUUUAAUGCAUUAAUAAAAUUAUUGGCUAUUUA